AUGGGUGCUGGGGCGUCGAGCAUCCUGUGGCCGGACGGCGAGGAGUGCAACGCGCCGGGGCUCGGUGACCUACCGGAGGCCUGCGUGGCGUCGGUGCUGAUGCAUCUCGACCCGCCGGAGAUCUGCCGGCUUGCGCGUCUGAACCGGGCGUUCCAGGGGGCGGCAUCGGCGGACUUUGUGUGGGAGUCGAAGCUACCGAAUAAUUAUGGCUAUCUACUGGAGAAGAUCGCCAGCGAGGAGGAAGCAGAGCAAAAAAACCGCGCUGGCGGCAAGAGACUCGGAAAGAAGGAGAUAUACGCGAUGCUCUGCCGCCCAAACCCAUUUGACGGGGGCAACAAGGUGCGUCUUCCUUUGCCUUCUACUGCUGUUACUCUUCUAAGAGGGUCUUAUUCGAUCCAGAGGAUUCAGGUUUGUGUGUAAACAGUGAGCAAUCCGGAAUUUGUCGCCUUGUUUCCGCCAUUUUAUUUUCGAGGAAGCUAUCCUAAAGCGGAAAGGCCCGAUUCUGAUCAUAAAGAGGUCUCGAAUGCGAUCAUGUAUGUCAUUUAUCUUUAGGGCUUCGGUUCUAAUUGCCCUGGUUAUUGACAGACUGGUAUCCCAUUCUUUGUGAAUGUAGAUCUUCUGGUUGAACAAGUAUAAGGGUGGUAUCUGCAUGCCGAUAUCCUCAAAGGCAUUAUACAUCACAGGGAUCGAUGACCGGAGAUAUUGGAACCACAUUCCAACAGAUGAGUCUAGGUAAAAUACAUGACCCGUAUCAAUACCUGUGGCAUUUUUUCAGUUUCAUUCUACGUUUUAGUGAGAGUUUUUUCCAUUUCAAAUCGAAAUACUCGAAUAAGUUUGGUCUGCUGAAGAUGUGGAUUUCAUUGCUAUGCCCAUGGUACUUGAUAAUAAUUAUCAUUAUCUGAGAGCAAUUGAUGGCCUCUGCGGGAUUAUAUUUCAUCAUUUAUAGGCGAUGCUAUCUUGUUUGCUCAAAGUCCUAAUGAAGGAAAACCCUAUACGGCGAUCGCCUCCAUUGUUCUAAACGCUUUUGCUACAGUUCUUCAGGUGAUGACGACCAUGAAUUUAUCACGAGGAAAGCAUGUAUGCACUCGCAAUCUUUUGAUCGUCAUAGUUUUUGGCCCGUUCUUUGAUUUGAUUUCAUCCUCAUGAGAAAUGCUAAAUCCAAGUUUGUCGUUUGGCAACUCUGCAACUCUUUGCAAAUGUCCCUGGAUAUCAUUUUGGCAGGUGCUUUUGACGAUCUUUGUAAGAUCUUCCUGUGAAUCGAGGAUGGCCACUGGUUAAUCUCGACUUGACCACAUCUCAUGCUGCGCUGUGUAAUUGUCACCCUGAUACGUUUAGUUGUUCCUUCCAGUAGUAUCAGAGGAGCAAGUGCCAAGCUCUGUGAAUCUAUUGCGAUCUAGUUUUCUUCAUGCAUUCCUCCAUGAUUAUGUUUUCUUCAUGCAUCCCCUUUCUAGAACGGCAUAGCAGAAACGAUGGGGGGGAAGGUGGGGCGAGAAUACUGUUCGGAAGGCAUUGCUUAACACUGUUUUAUUUGAAAAUGUUCUUACUCUCAGCCAAGAACUUGUAUGAUUCCUGAUGAAUCUUAUGGCUGUGCAGAUUCCACACAGUGGCGUACCUGCAGCAGACCUGGUGGUUCGAGGUAGAUGGGGAGAUCGAGUUCUGCUUCCCGCCGGGCACCUACAGCCUCUUCUUCAGGCUCCACCUGGGGCGGCCCUGCAAGCGGCUCGGCCGCCGGGUCUGCAACUCGGAGCACGUCCACGGGUGGGAAAUCAAGCCAGUACAGUUCCAGCUGGCCACCUCAACCGGGCUGGGAACCCAGAGGCAGUGCUUCUUGGAGGAACCUGGGAGCUGGGUCCACUACGAGGUCGGGGACUUCGUGGUGGAGAGCUCCGCCGUCCCCACCAGGAUCAAAUUCUCCAUGAUGCAGAUCGACUGCACCCACACGAAGGGCGGCCUCUGUGUUGACUCUGCCGUGAUCUAUCCACACGGGGUCCGGCCAGAGAGGGUGUCUGUGGACAGCAGAUUUAGGAAGACUCUGUAG